GGGUUCUCUGAAUUUAAGUCUUUUUCAAAGCAGUUUUUAUGCAUUAACGUAUCAAUAUGUUACACCUUUAUUUUUAGCUCAUAAUCGGAGGAUUCAUCCCCAGUGAGACAAUUCCACGUGGUAUUACCGUGAAAGGCUAUGUUACAAUGCACACCAUAAGAGAGGACCGCAGUGCUGUCAUCUGUCCUAAACUCCAACUGGACGCUGGUCGAGCCAACACACGCUACUGCCAUGUUACUACAGACGGGGAGCUGGCCAACUCACCGCCCGCCACACAACACACGGACAGUGGCAGACUACAGAGAUUGUACGGCACGUGUAGCUCUACCCCUAUCCCCCUUCCUCCAUCCCCCUCUAGUGUCACCCCAGUCCCCCACACAACACGAUACUGGGAGACCAACACCAGGGUGGAUGUGGUGGGUAGACGGUGGUGUCCUGUCCUGGAGGUGGGUGUGGGGGAGGAGAGCCAGGUAGACAGUGGGAGGUUUGUUUGUGACCAGCGCCGCUCCUGGUGUGUCAGUGUAUGGAGCUGUGACACACACCGGGGGAGUGUCUGUACCAGGGUGUAUCUGGCGGGGGAGCAGGGGAAGUGUUACAGAAACACAAUGUCUGUCACACCCGGCACACAGGCCACCCUCCACUAUGGCGUUGUGUUGGAUGUCGGGAGGGGUAGAAUAGGAUUUAUUGACGUAGACAGGUCGGUUGUUUUAGGGAAAGUUGAUGUGGAGUUCAAGGAGGAUCUUCUCCCUGUGUUUGCUGUCUGUCCCAUCAGUCGCUACACAGUAAACAUGAAGGUAGUCAGUGGGGAGGAGAUCCUCAUGUCUGACAUCAAGAAAUCACUCAUUAAUGAAGCCCUGGCCUAAGAAAUAAGCUAAACAUGACCCAGUGUAAACUUGUAAAUAUCACACAUCAACUUUAUCAGACAAAUUCAAUACAACAGAACUGAAAGAAGCGGACAUAGAAGUUACCUGUUCAUGUGUUGUAUGUUGUGUACAACAAUGUGACAAAGUUA